AUGCUGUGCGCAGUCACAGCCUACGCUCAAUAUGACUCACCUACUCCCCCAAGGCUCCAAAUCCCAGGAGCCAUCCCAUUAGGCGGCCCCAGACAGGGAGGUUUCAGACAAGGAAGACUACAAGCAGCCAUCCCACUUCCUGGUGCCAUUAAUAGAAUUAGGAGACCUGGGUUAGCUAGACCAUCCUUUAAAUCCGUAGAUGCAUCUCCUCGACCAAAUCUGCAAUCGCUUGAAGAGCCUGCAAAACCAGUCACAGAAGAACCAGAAGAAGAUGUAGAAAUUAAUACACCCACAGCUUUUAUUUCGAAUGCUUACUCCACGGCCGAACCGCAAAGUGAUUUCUUCGAUAUCACAACUACUUCUCAACCUAAGCCACCAAUUGCUUACAACCCUACUCCAUUUACUCAAACAACCCCUUCACCGCCGAGACCAGAACCUAUCAGGCCUACACAAUACAGACCGUCACCUCAAUCAUUUGUACCACAAAGAAACGAAGCACCGUCCAGGCCUCAACCAGUUCGGCUUCAACCUUUGUCAAGUCGACCCCAGCGCCCAGCAUUCCGACCCGAGCCAAAACCAUUUAUUGAUGAAGAAGAAGUACCCAUUCAACCCGUUAGACAAUACACUCGUCCGCAAGAACCUAUCAGUCGAACCCCUGUCAAGACUGGUACUCAGGAAAGAUACACACCAUCAAACUCCAGGGAAAAGAAACCAGUAGCUCAAACUAUUAGAAAAUAUAGAGAGGAAAACGAAGAUGGAAGCAUCACAUGGGGCUUUGAGAAUGACGACGGAUCAUUCAAAGAUGAGACCAUUGGUGUUGACUGCAUAACUAGAGGCAAAUACGGCUACAUUGACCCCGACGGUGUAAAACGCGAAUACCAUUACGAAACUGGUAUCCCUUGUGAUAAAGCAAAUGAAGACAAGGAACAGAAAGGUUUCAUUGAUUAUCAGGAAAACAAAGCUGUAUUGCCUAACGGCAUCACCAUUGAUCUCGCAGCAAUGGGCAAAAAAUCUAAGAGGCCAUUCAGAUCACCGAGUGUUCACUAG